UGAACCGAACGACCUGUUAGAACUCUAUCAAAAAAAAAAUAAAUUAUCUGUUAGAAGCUCCACCAUUUCUUCAAUUAACAACUUUGACAAAUAUAAAGUUAAUCAAAUUUUGAUACAGCUCAUUUUCAUGGUUAUGCUCGGCCCAACUGUGUCUUUGUCGCUUUUAAUUCGCGAGAAUUUCGGAAGUUGCCGGAGGUUUGGAAUACCGGCGAUGAGAGAACUUCCGGUCGUCGGCGUAGGCACAGCUUUAAUGAAGACAAGCAGGGCUGUUGUUAUUUUGGACGCAGAAAAUCAGUCCCCUAAAUUGCCUCUAAAUACGGGCUCCAAGCGAGUUCACUCUUGCACGUCCCGUUAGCCGGGCCUGGGCGUGUUGCAUUUGAUGCUGCAACAGCUUCCUGCAGUUAAAUGGUACGAGAAAACCGACUACCCGGCCCCCUGUUUUCAUAAAUACGGGAGUUUCUCUUUGUUACGUGGCAUUGUUAUAUUGGGCACAUUACGUGUCACUGGUAUAUUAGUCUUCAUAUGAGUUCCAGAGAGUUCGUCCAUAGAGUUAUUAGAGAAGGCACCGAAGAAGAAGAGAAUAAAUUUGUGAGCAAGUGAUAAGGGCGAAUCAUCAUAACAAAUCAAAAUGAAGCCGGGGCCACUUAAGAUCAUCCUUUCAAAGAAGGGUUCGUCCUCUGAAUGUGCAGGGGAGAAAAUUCCUGGGACAGGGGAAAAUGUCAGAGCAGCAUGUCCCAGCCACCUCAUCAUAUCUGAUCUGUCGGUGGCGAAAGGCAUUGGACAUGCGUAUGCUGCUGCACCUGUAAAGAAAGUUAAAGCCACUGUUCGCAGUGGUAACAAAGAAGGAGAUAAAGUUCAUAUUUGUUUUAAAUGCAACAUACCGAUUGCAAUUUAUGGUCGCCUGAGCCCCUGUGAACAUGCUUUCUGCAUGGACUGCGCCUUGGAAAGCAAUUCUGAGUGCUACAUUUGUGAAGCGCCGGUCAACAAAAUCCAGAAGAUUCAUAUGGGGAAAGGAAAGAUGUUCAUAUGUGGCUGGAUGAACUGCCUCAAGUCAUUCUGCGAGUUUGAUGCAUUUAAGAGCCAUACCGAUGAAGUCCAUGGUGGUAGUUCGAGCUCUGUCAGGAAUGGCGGUAACUGAGAUCUGCAUCUCUACAACCCAUAAACAGACCCCUAUCCAGGCCGACUGCAAAUGAAAACGUUGCUGCUCUUUUCAGUUAUCAUGUUUUCUUUUCUUCCUUGGAUUUGUGUUUCUUUCCUUCUAUUGCGUUUCAGGCAAGACGAUCGGAUUUCUUGUUAUUAUGUUUCCAAAUAAUUACUGGAUUUCCUUUUGAGUUAUAAUACUCUUUGAAGACUGUUUUAGUCCUGGUGGAUUAUGUGUGUUGGUAAUAAUGUAUGUGUGUAAUAUACUUUCACUCCAUUUUGGAGGUGAAAGUACUUUACUUACUUUUCACUAG